AUGUCAAACAUUACGAUUGACCCAGAUGUCAAACCUGGUGAAUAUGUCAUCAAGAGCCUCUUUGCAGAAUUUGCUGUUCAAGCUGAAAAGAAAAUUGAAGUUGUAAUGGCUGAACCCUUGGAGAAACUGUUGUCCCGAUCUCUUCAGAGGGGUGAAGAUCUUCAGUUUGACCAGGUGAUAAGCUCUAUGAGCUCAGUAGCAGAGCACUGUCUCCCCUCCUUACUUCGCACCUUGUUUGACUGGUACAGACGUCAGAAUGGAACUGAAGAUGAAUCUUACGAGUAUAGACCUCGAUCUAGCACAAAAUCUAAGGGGGAUGAACAGCAACGUGAGAGAGAUUAUCUUCUUGAAAGGAGGGACUUAGCAGUAGAUUUCAUUUUUUGUUUAGUUUUGGUUGAAGUUCUAAAGCAGAUUCCUGUUCAUCCUGUGCCUGAUCCCUUAGUUCAUGAAGUUCUCAACUUAGCUUUCAAGCACUUUAAACAUAAGGAAGGGUAUUCAGGAACCAACACUGGGAAUGUGCAUAUUAUUGCAGAUUUGUAUGCAGAGGUGAUAGGGGUUCUUGCUCAGUCAAAGUUUCAGGCUGUAAGGAAGAAGUUUGUGACAGAAUUAAAAGAACUGCGACAAAAGGAACAAAGCCCACAUGUGGUACAAAGUGUCAUCAGCUUAAUAAUGGGAAUGAAAUUUUUCCGAGUGAAAAUGUAUCCUGUGGAAGACUUUGAAGCAUCAUUUCAGUUUAUGCAGGAAUGUGCUCAGUAUUUUUUAGAAGUAAAAGAUAAAGAUAUAAAACAUGCACUUGCUGGUUUAUUUGUGGAGAUUCUUAUCCCUGUUGCUGCUGCUGUUAAAAAUGAAGUGAAUGUUCCCUGUUUGAAAAACUUUGUGGAGAUGCUUUAUCAGACUACUUUUGAACUGAGCUCCAGAAAGAAGCAUUCAUUGGCUUUAUAUCCACUAAUUACCUGCCUUUUAUGUGUCAGUCAGAAACAGUUUUUUUUAAAUAACUGGCAUAUUUUCCUACAGAACUGUUUGUCACAUUUAAAGAAUAAAGAUCCUAAAAUGUCUCGAGUUGCACUGGAAUCUUUGUAUAGAUUGUUGUGGGUUUAUGUAAUUAGAAUAAAAUGUGAAAGCAACACUGUAACUCAAAGUCGUCUUAUGAGUAUAGUGUCAGCACUUUUUCCAAAAGGUUCACGUAGUGUGGUUCCUCGUGAUACACCCCUCAAUAUAUUUGUGAAGAUUAUCCAAUUCAUUGCUCAGGAACGUUUGGAUUUUGCAAUGAAAGAAAUAAUAUUUGAUCUUCUCAGUGUUGGAAAAUCUGCUAAAACUUUCACCAUUAAUCCAGAGAGAAUGAACAUAGGCCUCAGAGUCUUCCUUGUAAUAGCAGACAGUUUGCAGCAGAAAGAUGGUGAACCACCAAUGCCCACAACAGGAGUUAUUCUUCCCUCAGGAAAUACUCUUCGUGUAAAGAAAAUUUUUCUCAAUAAAACCUUGACAGAUGAAGAAGCAAAAGUCAUAGGAAUGUCAGUUUAUUAUCCUCAAGUGAGAAAAGCAUUAGAUAGCAUCCUCAGACAUUUGGACAAAGAAGUUGGGAGACCAAUGUGUAUGACUAGUGUGCAGAUGUCUAAUAAGGAGCCUGAAGAUAUGAUUACGGGGGAAAGAAAACCCAAAAUUGAUUUGUUUAGAACAUGUGUUGCUGCUAUUCCAAGGUUGAUUCCUGAUGGCAUGAGCAGAACGGAUCUCAUUGAGUUGUUAGCAAGGCUCACAAUUCAUAUGGAUGAAGAACUGCGUGCUCUGGCUUUCAAUACUCUGCAGGCACUAAUGCUUGAUUUUCCAGAUUGGCGAGAGGAUGUUCUUUCAGGAUUUGUUUAUUUUAUUGUUCGUGAAGUGACUGAUGUCCAUCCCACACUUCUUGAUAAUGCUGUAAAGAUGUUGGUACAAUUAAUAAAUCAAUGGAAACAAGCAGCCCAAAUUCAUAACAAACACCAGGACUCACAGCAUGGUGUAGCUGAUGGAGCAUCUCAUCCCCCUCCUCUGGAAAAGAGUCUGUAUUCCAGUGUAUUCCAUGUGGUUGAAGGGUUUGCUCUUGUCAUUCUCUGUAGCAGUCGACCUGCCACUAGAAGAUUAGCUGUCAGUGUCCUUAGAGAAAUACGGACUUUAUUUGCACUUUUGGAAAUACCUAAGGGUGAUGAUGAACUAGCCAUAGAUGUGAUGGACAGGCUGAGCCCAUCUGUUCUUGAGAGCUUCAUACAUCUCACUGGAGCUGAUCAGACUACUUUGCUGUAUUGUCCUAGCUCAAUAGAUUUGCAGACCUUAGCAGAAUGGAACUCUUCUCCGAUUAGCCACCAAUUUGAUGUAAUUAGUCCAUCACACAUAUGGAUAUUUGCACACGUGACCCAAGGCCAAGACCCGUGGAUUAUAAGUCUCUCCAGUUUUUUAAAGCAAGAAAACCUUCCAAAACACUGCUCUACAGCUGUGAGCUAUGCUUGGAUGUUUGCAUACACAAGACUUCAGUUGUUGUCCCCACAGGUUGAUAUAAAUAGCCCCAUCAAUGCUAAGAAAGUGAAUACCACCACAAGCAGCGACUCCUACAUUGGCCUGUGGAGAAACUAUCUGAUUCUUUGCUGCAGUGCAGCAACAUCAACAUCACCCUCAGCAUCUACAGGUUCUGUGAGGUGUUCUCCUCCUGAGACGCUGGCGUCUACUCCUGAUAGUGGCUAUAGUAUCGAUUCUAAAAUUAUUGGCAUCCCAUCCCCUUCGUCUUUGUUUAAGCACGUAGUUCCAAUGAUGCGCUCUGAGAGCAUGGAAAUCACAGAGUCCCUUGUUCUAGGUCUUGGCAGGACCAACCCAGGAGCUUUUAGGGAACUAAUAGAGGAAUUGCAUCCCAUAAUUAAAGAAGCACUCGAAAGAAGGCCAGAGAACAUGAAACGCCGCAGGCGUCGAGAUAUUUUACGAGUACAACUGGUACGAAUAUUUGAACUGCUGGCAGAUGCUGGUGUCAUUAGUCACAGUGCAAGUGGUGGCCUUGAUAAUGAAACACAUUUCCUCAACAACACUUUAUUGGAGUACGUAGAUUUAACUAGACAACUCCUGGAAGCAGAAAAUGAAAAAGACUCUGACACACUGAAGGAUAUCCGAUGCCAUUUUAGUGCCUUAGUGGCGAAUAUCAUUCAAAAUGUUCCAGUACACCAGAGAAGAAGUAUUUUCCCUCAACAGAGCCUUCGUCACAGUCUGUUUAUGCUGUUCAGUCACUGGGCAGGUCCUUUUAGCAUCAUGUUUACACCCUUGGAUAGAUACAGUGAUAGAAAUAUGCAAAUUAAUAGACAUCAAUACUGUGCAUUAAAGGCUAUGUCUGCUGUACUGUGUUGUGGCCCUGUUGCAGAUAAUGUAGGACUUUCAUCAGAUGGCUAUUUGUAUAAAUGGUUGGAUAACAUUUUGGACUCUCUGGACAAAAAGGUUCAUCAGCUGGGCUGUGAAGCAGUCACAUUACUGCUGGAGCUGAACCCUGAUCAGAGCAACCUGAUGUACUGGGCUGUGGAUCGAUGUUACACUGGUUCCAAGAGAGUGGCAGCUGGCUGCUUUAAAGCCAUAGCCAAUGUAUUCCAGAACAGGGAUUAUCAAUGUGACACAGUGAUGCUCCUAAACCUGAUACUAUUUAAAGCAGCUGAUUCUUCUAGAAGCAUUUAUGAAGUCGCCAUGCAACUCUUACAGAUUCUGGAACCGAAGAUGUUUCGCUAUGCUCACAAAUUGGAGGUUCAGAGAACUGAUGGGGUGCUUAGCCAGCUGUCUCCCCUGCCACAUCUGUAUUCUGUUUCAUAUUACCAGCUGUCAGAGGAAUUGGCAAGGGCCUAUCCCGAGCUAACUCUUGCCAUAUUCUCAGAGAUAAGCCAGAGAAUUCAGACAGCUCAUCCAGCUGGGCGGCAAGUGAUGCUGCACUACCUGUUGCCGUGGAUGAACAACAUCGAGCUGGUGGAUUUGAAACCUUUGCCCACAGUGCGGCGAUAUGACGAAGAGGAAGAUGAUUCACUGAAAGACCGAGAGCUUAUGGUAACUAGCAGGCGCUGGUUACGAGGAGAAGGCUGGGGAUCACCACAAGCCACUGCGAUGGUUCUGAACAAUCUCAUGUACAUGACAGCAAAGUAUGGAGAUGAGUUGGCCUGGUCGGAGGUGGAGAAUGUGUGGACUACGCUCGCAGAUGGCUGGCCAAAAAACCUGAAAAUAAUUUUGCACUUUUUGAUCAGCAUUUGUGGAGUGAAUAGUGAACCAAGCCUCUUGCCUUAUGUGAAGAAAGUUAUUGUGUAUUUAGGUAGAGAUAAAACAAUGCAGUUGCUCGAGGAACUGGUGAGUGAACUACAGCUGAUGGACCCUGUCAGUUCAGGAGUCACUCACAUGGAUAACCCCCCAUAUUAUCGCAUCACUUCCAGUUACAAAAUCCCUUCUGUCACCUCAGGUACUACUUCCAGUAGCAAUACUAUGGUAGCCCCCAUGGAUGGCAGUCCUGAUACUAAGCCCAUAAAGGAGAAUAUGGAAGAGAGCUAUGUGCACCUAGACAUCUACAGUGGACUAAACAGUCAUUUAAAUCGUCAACAUCACAGGCUAGAAUCUCGAUACAGUAGCAGCUCUGGAGGAUCUUAUGAAGAAGAAAAAAGUGAUUCAAUGCCACUUUAUUCUAAUUGGCGACUGAAAGUGAUGGAGCAUAAUCAAGGAGAGCCACUACCCUUCCCACCAGCUGGAGGCUGCUGGUCACCACUGGUGGAUUACUUGCCUGAAACGUCAUCACCUGGAUUACCUCUUCACAGGUGUAGCAUAGCCGUGAUUCUUUUGACUGAUCUGAUCAUUGAUCACAGUGUGAAGGUGGAAUGGGGAAGCUACCUCCAUCUUCUUCUUCAUGCAGUUUUUAUAGGGUUUGACCACUGCCACCCUGAGGUGUAUGAACAUUGUAAACGUCUGCUUCUGCAUUUACUAAUUGUAAUGGGAUCCAACAGUAACGUCCGGACUGUUGCUUCUGUCCUUCUCAGGAACAAGGAGUUUAAUGAGCCCAGGGUGCUUACCGUCAAACAGAUUGCACACUUAGAUUAUUCUUUCACAGCAGGUGUUAAUGAUUUUAUACCCGAUUACCAGCCCUCCCCUAUGACUGACUCAGGGCUUAGCUCAAGUUCUACCUCUUCUAGUAUCAGCUUAGGAAAUAACAGUGCUGCCAUUUCCCAUCUGCACACCACCCUCCUCAAUGAGGUUGACAUCUCAGUAGAGCAGGAUGGAAAAGUAAAAACCCUCAUGGAAUUCAUUACCUCAAGAAAAAGAGGGCCUCUUUGGAACCAUGAGGAUGUUUCUGCCAAGAAUCCUAGCAUAAAGAGUGCUGAACAGCUAACUGCAUUUUUGAAACAUGUGGUUUCUGUUUUUAAGCAAUCAAGCUCAGAAGGAAUCCAUUUGGAACAUCAUCUUAGUGAAGUUGCUCUGCAAACAGCACUUUCUUGCUCUUCUCGACACUAUGCUGGGAGAUCCUUUCAGAUCUUCAGGGCCCUAAAGCAGCCUCUUUCUGCAACUACACUUUCUGACGUUCUCUCCAGACUUGUAGAAACUGUAGGGGAUCCAGGAGAAGAUGCACAGGGUUUUGUUAUUGAGCUGCUUCUCACGUUGGAAUCUGCAAUCGAUACUUUGGCUGAAACCAUGAAGCAUUAUGAUCUUCUUUCUGCACUUUCUCAAACCUCAUACCAUGACCCUAUAAUGGGAAACAAGUAUGCAGCUAACAGGAAAAGCACUGGACAACUCAAUCUAAGCACAAGUCCCAUUAAUAGUAGCAGUUAUUUGGGAUAUAACGGUAAUGCAAGAAGUAACUCUUUGAGAUUAAGUUUAAUUGGUGACCGAAGAGGUGACCGGCAGCGGAGUAACACACUGGAUAUUAUGGACGGACGGAUAAACCAUAGCAAUAGUUUAGCAAGGACUAGAAGCCUUUCCUCUCUAAGAGAGAAAGGAAUGUAUGAUGUGCAGUCCACUACUGAGCCUGCCAACCUGAUGGCCACCAUUUUUUGGAUAGCAGCAUCUUUAUUAGAAUCAGAUUAUGAAUAUGAAUACCUCCUGGCUCUCAGGCUUCUCAACAAACUGCUUAUCCAUUUGCCUUUGGACAAAUCAGAGAGUCGAGAGAAGAUCGAAAAUGUACAAAGCAAAUUGAAAUGGAAUAAUUUUCCAGGCCUUCAACAGCUCUUCCUUAAGGGUUUUACCUCAGUAUCUACCCAAGAAAUGACUGUGCACCUCCUCAGUAAACUCAUCACUGUCUCCAAACACACAUUGGUGGAUCCUUCCCAGUUGUCAGGCUUUCCUCUUAACAUCCUUUGCUUAUUGCCUCACUUAAUCCAGCAUUUUGACAGCCCAACUCAGUUUUGCAAAGAAACAGCUAGUCGAAUAGCAAAGGUUUGUGCAGAAGAAAAGUGCCCACCGCUUGUCAAUCUGGCUCACAUGAUGAGUUUGUACAGCACCCACACGUAUUCCAGAGACUGUUCUAACUGGAUCAACGUAGUAUGUAGAUACCUGCACGACUCCUUCUCAGAUACCACAUUCAGUCUUGUCACUUACCUUGCGGAGUUGUUAGAAAAAGGAUUGUCCAGUAUGCAGCAGUCAUUACUACAGAUCAUCUAUAGUCUUUUGAGUCAUAUUGACCUCUCUUCUGCCCCAGUCAAGCAGUUUAAUCUGGAGAUCAUAAAGAUUAUUGGCAAAUAUGUACAGAGUCCUUACUGGAAGGAAGCCCUCAACAUAUUAAAGCUGGUGGUGUCUCGUUCCGCAAGUCUCGUUGUACCCAAUGAUAUCCCCAAGACUUAUGGAGGAGAUAUGGGUUCUCCUGAGAUAUCCUUCACUAAAAUUUUUAAUAAUGUCUCCAAAGAGUUGCCUGGGAAGACCUUAGAUUUUCAUUUUGAUAUAUCUGAGACACCAAUUAUUGGAAAUAAAUAUGGUGAUCAGCAUAGUGCAGCUGGAAGAAAUGGGAAACCAAAAGUUAUUGCUGUCACGAGAAGUACUUCUUCAACCUCUUCUGGUUCUAAUUCUAAUGCCUUGGUUCCUGUUAGUUGGAAAAGACCACAGUUAUCCCAGCGGAGGACAAGAGAAAAGCUAAUGAACGUGCUUUCCCUCUGUGGCCCAGAGUCCGGCCUCCCGAAGAAUCCAUCAGUUGUAUUUUCUUCCAAUGAGGAUUUGGAAGUUGGUGACCAACAGACUAGCCUAAUUUCUACAACAGAAGACAUAAUUCAAGAAGAAGAAGUAGCUGUGGAAGAUAAUAGCAGUGAACAACAGUUUGGAGUUUUUAAGGAUUUUGACUUUUUAGAUGUUGAAUUGGAAGAUGCAGAGGGUGAAAGUAUGGACAAUUUCAACUGGGGAGUCCGCAGGCGCUCGCUCGACAGCAUGGACAAGGGCGACACUCCCUCGCUUCAGGAGUACCAGUGCUCCAGCAGCACACCCAGCCUGAACCUGACGAACCAGGAGGAUACGGAUGAGUCCUCAGAAGAAGAAUCCGCACUCACUGCCAGCCAGAUACUGUCACGCACACAGAUGUUGAACAGUGAGUCCACUGUGGAUGAAACCAUGCCAGACCAUCCUGAUUUACUUCUUCAGUCUCAGGACUCCACUGGCAGUGCCAUCACCGAAGAAGUUCUUCAAAUCAGAGAUGAGACCCCAAGUUUGGAGGCUUCUCUAGAUAAUGCUAACAGCCAGCUGCCUGAGGAUGUGAAUUCAAUAUUAAAAGAGGAACAGGUUAUCAAAGGCUUUGAAGAUGAAGGGUCAUACUUAAUUCAGGAACACCAGGAUUCUCUUGUGUGUCAAGGAAUUCUUGAUUUAGAAGAAACUGAAAUGCCAGAGCCCCUGGCUCCUGAAAGCUACCCCGAGUCAAUCUGUGAAGAGGAUGUUACCUUAGCUUUGAAAGAACUGGAUGAAAGAUGUGAAGAAGAAGAAGCUGACUUCUCUGGACUGUCUAGUCAAGAUGAAGAAGAGCAGGAUGGUUUCCCAGAAGUACAGACAUCCCCUCUACCGUCACCAUUUCUUUCUGCCAUAAUAGCUGCUUUUCAGCCAGUAGCAUAUGAUGAUGAAGAAGAAGCCUGGCGCUGUCAUGUCAACCAGAUGCUGUCCGACACCGAUGGAGCCUGUGCAGUAUUUACUUUUCAUGUGUUUUCUAGGCUGUUUCAGACAAUUCAAAGAAAGUUUGGAGACAUAACUAAUGAGGCCAUUAGCUGCCUUGGUGAGAGUCUGCAACGCAUUGGUACCAAAUUUAAAAGUUCACUGGAAGUGAUGAUGAUGUGUUCAGAAUGCCCUACAGUCUUUGUGGAUGCUGAGACACUGAUGUCAUGUGGUUUGCUGGAAACACUCAAGUUCAGUGUAUUGGAGUUGCAAGAACACUUGGAUACAUACAAUGCCAAAAGAGAAGCAGCUGAGCAGUGGUUAGACAACUGUAAGAGGACCUUUGGUACAAAAGGAGACACUUACCGGACGAACACAGAGGCACAACAAAUGGAAAUUCUAGCAGAACUGGAGCUCUGCCGAAGGUUAUACAAAUUACAUUUUCAAUUGCUGCUUCUGUUCCAGGCCUACUGUAAACUUAUCAACCAAGUAAAUACAAUAAAAAAUGAUGCAGAGGUCAUCAACAUGUCAGAGGAACUUGCCCAACUGGAAAGUAUCCUCAAAGAAGCUGAGUCUGCUACAGAAAAUGAAGAAAUCACUAUUUCCGAAGCUGCCCACACUACUGUAGAAACUGCCAUCCAUUCUUUAAUUGAAACUCUAAAAAAUAAGGAAUUUAUAUCAGCUGUAGCACAGGUCAAAGCUUUCAGGUCUCUCUGGCCCAAUGAUAUAUUUGGUAGUUGUGAAGAUGACCCUGUGCAGACGCUGUUGCACAUAUAUUUCCAUCAUCAGACACUGGGCCAGACUGGAAGCUUUGCAAUUAUAGGCUCAAACCAGGACAUGUCAGAAGCUAACUGCAAACUGAUGGAACUUAACCUACAAAUAAGAGAGUCUCUACGCACAGUGCAAUCCUACCAACUUCUGGCACAGACCAAGCCCAUUGGAAACUUGGUGAGCACUGGAUUCUGAGAAACUUCAGGCAUUUAGGAAAGAAACUAUACUGAAGAUGAUUAAGAAUAUUAAUAAGCACCUUUUAUGAACCCUUUUAACUCACUGAUAACUUUCUCUGGCAGCAUCCUCAACUGCGUAUGUUGUAACUAAUGUGAGACUUUAUCAAAGGAAAAAAGAAACAAUUUCAAAAGCAAAGAUCUGAAGAAAAAGAAAACUUAAUUUUUAACAGCUGCCAAGACUUCCCACAAUAACUGUAUAAAGAAAUAAUUUUGUAAUUACUUAACUUAGGUGGAAAGAAAAGGGCUAAAAGUGAUGCAUACAAAUACAUUACUUUCUGGAGAAAGAAAAGAAUUCCAAGAAAGUUUGCAAUAAUGGCCUCUAAUACUGAGACAUUGGAAAGCAGGUGAUAUGAGGCUGAAAUUGAAGCUGGUUUAUUUUAGCUGAAGACCUGCAAAGCUGCUUGGGUUUCUAGCAGUCAUAGUCUACAGACUGAUGCUUAGUCAUCCACAUGAAGGACAUCCAGUCACACAGACAUUCACAGAAAAGACUUAUUUGCAAAAACCAUUGAUUUUUUUCAAUAUGUGGAAUAAGGGUUGGGGUGUUUUUGUGUUUUUUUUGGGUCUGUAUAAGGAAUUAUGUGUGUAUGGGUUGGGAUGUAUGGAUACGUGACGGUCCUAUUUUUAAGGUGUGGAUGUUUGGUGAUAACGUCUCGGAGCAUGCCUAAAAGAGCACUGCAAGAUUAUUUUUGAAAAAAUUUUAUUUUAUUAGUGCUAACUCUUCAUAGUGUGUAAAUGUUAGAACAUUUUAAUAAUAUUAUAAGACUGGGCUCUCCCAGUAUUUCAAAAAGAAUAAUAUAUCUGUUAACGUUAUUGGAAUGCUGCUCAGUUCUCUGAUCAGUGCUUAUGUUACACCUGUUGAUAACUAACCAAAGUAGAUGCCUGCAGAGACUUUAAAAUGUAAAAUAAAGAUGUAUGCUGCCCGUCAGCAACUCUCAUUAGAAAAGUUAACUUAUUUUACUCCGUAAUUAUUACAGAAACUGUAUAGAUUAAACCAGUAUUUUCUUGUACAUUUGUGCAUUGCACUGUUACACAAGAAUAGGUGUACAAAGCUAAACGAAAAAUUGUGGUCACUGAUGUUAGAGUAUAUGACUUGCAGACUCUGAAAUCUGCAUAAUUCAAGAAAAGAGAUGCAAAUGCAUUUUUGUAUGUUUAUUCAGGACUCGUAUGUUUCACCCUAAAGGAACCUGGGGCUAUGGGGGAAAACGAAAGGAGGCCUGGAGACUGCCUACCAAAACAUGCAAUAUACUUACUCACUGUCUAAGUCUGUAGCGUAACAUGAACUGGAUUCUCCAUCCUUUUUUAAAUAGCAUUUUGUAAAAGAAAUGAAUGUAGUCCCACAAUUCCUCUGAUUUGAAAGGAACACCUUGUAUUUUUUAUAUGCAUCUCUUAAUCCACUGUGACUUUUCUUUUGAACUGGGCUCUGUGAUUCCAGAGUUUAGAAUGUAGAAAUGAAAUGCUUAGCUUUGCCUUUUCUUGGGGGUGUGAACCCUGCCAGAAAUGUAAAUUAUGCUCAAGUGCAUUAAUUGAAGGCACUGUGCACACCGUUAGACUGCUGACCAUAGUUAUGUUACUUGUAAAAUUCCAAAACUGGUCACGACACACUCAUAAUCACUGUAUUUUUUGACCCUGAUAAAACAAUUAUUUUGAUGGUGUUCUGGUACUGUAAAUGGUGUCCUUUAAAUUAUUGACUAGCUUAUGGGUGUGGGGCAGGAAGAGAGGGGUGGUACCUAGAGAUGCACCACACUUUACAGCCUAUCUUCCCAUCUCAUAUUUUUCUCACCCUCCUUAUAUCUUUGUUAAAAUAAAAAGCAUUGUAGUGUUGGUUUGUGUUGUAUUUUAAGAUGAAUGAUUAUAGUGUGCAUCAUUUAGAAACUUUUCAGAUGUUACCUCCAUUCUUCUUAAAUGUAAUUUUUCCUAAAAGAGAGACCAAAAUUAGUUGAGUGCUUACCCAAACCAUAACCUUGUGAAAAAAGAUGAAAUUUGCUUUUCCUAUUUAUUUACAUGUAACUAAAUCUGUUGAUAAUAAAAAUGAACAUCCCUGCAG